CAGGGCUGGAGAGACCUCCGGGGAGCACAGUCGCCAGUCCAGCACGGAGACCCGCCUGGCCAAAAAAACGCGCCUCACACUUGCCAGGAUUGCCAAAUAUUCCUGAAAUAUAUACCUGCUAUUUAUGGCAUGUGGCUUGUAACUUUACUCCUGCUGUACUCUCUCCAAGAAGUACACAGUGAGGAUGUGGGCUCUACCAGGCUGUACUUUGUGAAUGCCUCCCUGCAGAGGGUAACCUACUCAAGCUCGGUGGGGGUGUCCCUGCCCUGUCCAGCAGGGGGCACCCCCAGUGCCAUACUGCGCUGGUACCUGGCCACCGGCGACGACAUCUACGACGUGCCCCACAUCCGGCAUGUGCACGCCAAUGGCACGCUGCAACUGUACCCCUUUUCGCCCUCUGCCUACAACAGCUACAUCCACGACAAUGACUACUUCUGCACCGCGGAAAACCAGGCCGGCAAGAUCCGCAGCCCCAACAUUCGCAUCAAAGCCGUUUUCAGGGAGCCCUACACCGUGCGGGUGGCGGACCAACGCUCAAUGCGGGGCAACGUAGCUGUGUUCAAGUGCCUCAUCCCCGCUGCUGUGCAGGAGUACGUCAGUGUUGUAUCCUGGGAGAGAGACACUGUUUCCAUUGUCCCAGGUAACAGGUUCUCGCUGACCUCCUUUGGGGCUCUUUACAUCUCCGAUGUUCAAAAAGAGGAUGCUCUCUCUACAUACCGGUGCAUCACCAAGCAUAAAUACAGUGGCGAGACACGGCAAAGCAAUGGAGCCAGGCUCUCUGUAAUGGACCCCAACGAAUCUGCACCCACCAUCCUGGACAGUUUCCAAGCAGGGGAGGUCUACGCAGGCCAUAGUAUUGAGCUCCCCUGCAUAGCGGGAGGAUACCCAAGCCCUACUGUGCGCUGGCUGAAAGAUGGUCGCCCGCUACCCUCAGAUGCCCGCUGGACGCGGCGAUUGACAGGGCUGACCAUCAGUGACCUGAGGCAAGAAGACAGCGGCAGCUAUGCAUGCGAGGUCACCAACAGUUUUGGCUCAAAGGAGGUGUCUGGACAGCUUCACGUGAUAGAUCCACUACGAGUGACCUUGUCCCCUAAGAAUCUGAAAACGGGCAUCAGCAGCACACUGUUCUUCACCUGCACUGUGGAAGGCUCUCCAGAAUACACCAUCACCUGGUACAGGAACACAGAGCCAAUUGUCCCAGACGAGCACAUCUCCAUCCAAGGACAACACAAUGACACCCUGCAGAUCACUGCAGCACAGAAGCUUCACUCUGGGGCCUACCAGUGCUUUGCUUCCCGAAAGGGCCACACUGCUCAGGACUUCUCUAUUAUUCUGCUAGAGGAUGGUACUCCUCGUAUUGUGUCUUCCUUCAGCGAGCGGGUGGUAAACCCCGGCGAGCCUUUCUCCCUUAUGUGUGCGGCCAAAGGAGCCCCACCCCCUUCUAUCACGUGGACACUGGACGAUGAACCUGUGAUUAGAGAUUCAACCUACAAGACCAGCCAGUACACCCUGUCGGAUGGCCUGACUGUAUCGCACGUCAACGUCAGCAGUCCACUUAUUCCAGACGGAGGAGUGUAUCGUUGCGUCGCACGCAACUCGGCCGGUAGCGCCGAGUACCAAGCGCGCAUAAACGUAAGAGGUCCACCUCGAAUUAGACCCAUGCGAGACAUCACCGCAGUGGCGGGCAGAAAUACCUAUAUAACGUGUCGUGUGAUUGGGUACCCAUAUUACUCCAUUAAGUGGCUGAAGGACGGCAUGCAGCUGCCUGAUAAUCAUCGUCAAGUGGUGUUUGAGAACGGCACACUGAGGCUCACAGACGUGCAGAAGGGCGCAGACGAGGGGACCUACUUGUGUAGCGUUUUGAUCCAGCCCCAGGUGUCAAUCAACCAGACUGUCCACGUCACUGUCAAAGUGCCACCGCUCAUCCAGCCCUUCGAUAUCCCCUCUACCUCAGUGGGGAAGCUCAUGUACAUCGCCUGUGUGGUGUCAUCUGGGGACAUGCCCAUACGCAUCACCUGGCACAAAGACGGCCAGCUCAUCGUGCCAGGCUCUGCCUCUGGUGUUGCAAUAGAGACCAAAGAGUUCAUGAGCUCCCUGCAAAUUUCCAAUGUGACACUGAAGCACAAUGGAAACUACACUUGCAUCGCCAGCAAUGCUGCUGCAACUGUCAGCUGGGAAAGACAGUUGAUUGUUACUGUGCCGCCGCGUUUUGUGGUGCAGCCCAACAAUCAAGACUGUAUCUAUGGAAAAGCUGGAGUACUUAACUGCUCCGUGGAAGGUUACCCCCCUCCAAAAGUCAUGUGGAAACAUGCCAAAGGCGUAGGAAACCCUCAGCAGUACCAUCCUGUCCCACUAACUGGCCGUAUCCAGAUCAUGUCAAACGGUUCUCUGCUGAUCCGACAUGUUCUUGAAGACGACCGGGGGUACUACCUCUGUCAGGCCUCCAACGGAGUGGGCUCAGACAUCAGUAAAAGCAUGAUCCUUACUGUCAAGAUCCCUGCCAUGAUCACCAGCCACCCAAACACUACCAUGGCAAGGAAGGGCCAGAUCAAGGAGCUGAACUGCACAGCACGGGGCGAGCAGCCCAUUAUUAUCCGCUGGGAGAGAGGGGACACAGUCAUUGACGCAGAGAGAAAUCCCCGUUACUCCAUCAGCAUCAACAAAAAGGGGGAUGAAGUCAUCUCCACCCUAAAGCUUAACCCAGCCGAGCGAGGAGAUUCUGUCUUCUUCUCCUGCCAUGCCAUCAACUCCUAUGGAGAGGGCAGAGGGCUCAUCCAACUCACUGUACAAGAGCCACCCGAUCCUCCCGAGCUCGAAGUACGGGAGGUGAAGGACAGAAGCAUGAACUUGCGCUGGAUCCAAAGGUUUGAUGGCAACAGCAUCAUCACCAGCUAUGACAUUGAGUACAAAAACAAGUCAGACACAUGGGAUCACAUGUACACAACCAGGAACAUCUCACCUACCAACAAUCAGGCCAACAUUGUAGAGCUGCACCCGGCAUGCGUUUAUAGUAUCCGCAUGUACUCCUACAACAAGAUUGGCCGCAGUCUUCCCAGCAAAGAGCUCACAAUCAGUACCGAAGAAGCACCACCUGACGGGCCUCCGAUGGAUGUAAUCCUGCAACCGAUGACAUCUCAGAGCAUACGAGUCACAUGGAGGGCUCCAAAAAAGGAGCUGCAAAACGGCGUGAUCCGCGGCUACCAGAUUGGAUACAGAGAGAACGGUCCAGGUAGCAAUGGCCAGUAUAGUAUUGUGGAGAUGAAAGCUACGGGGGACAGUGAAGUGUACACCUUAGACAACCUAAAGAAGUUUGCCCAGUAUGGGGUGGUGGUCCAAGCCUUCAACAGAGCUGGGACUGGCCCAUCCAGUACUGAGAUCAAUGCUACCACUCUGGAAGAUGUGCCCAGCGAGCCUCCGCAGAACGUGAGAGCAAUCUCUGUGACAUCAGAUGAGGCAGUGAUCACAUGGGCAGAGCCUCCACGGCUGACGCUGCACGGUGUGCUGAAAGGCUACCGGGUUGUGUUUUGGUCCCUCUUCCCUGACGGAGGUGGGUGCUGUGGGGGCCAGGCCCAGUGGCCAAUGCAGAAAUGGGGAGAGAUGCAAAACAUCACCACCACACGUGAACAGGUGGAACUGCGAGGGCUCGAGAAGUUCACUAACUACAGUGUUCAGGUGCUGGCCUACACACAAGCUGGCGAUGGGGUCCGCAGCAAUGUCCUCUAUAUCCAAACCCGAGAGGAUCUUCCUGGUCCACCGGCUGGCAUCAAGGCAGUUCCCUCCUCCUCAACUAGUGUGGUUGUGUCCUGGUUGCCUCCUCUCAAACCAAAUGGCAUUAUCCGCAAGUACACCAUCUACUGCUCCAGUCCCGGAUCUGGACAGCCAGCUCCCAGUGAGUAUGAGGCCAACCCAGAGAUGCUCUUCUACCGUAUCACGCACCUUACCCGCGGUAAACAAUACCUCAUCUGGGCUGCAGCUGUGACAACUGCUGGAAGAGGCAACAUUAGCGCAAAGGUCACUGUGGAGCCUGCUGGGAAAGUCCCAGCUAAAAUCCUGUCCUUUGGGGGCACUGUGACCACUCCCUGGAUGAAGGAAGUACGUCUGCCCUGCAGCUCAGUGGGAGAGCCUACUCCCACAAUUAAAUGGACCAAAGACAGUGAGGACUCUGCCAUUCCUGUGACAGCUGACAGCCAACGGCAGAUCUUAUCCAAUGGUACACUGGUGCUACGCUUAGUCAAAGCAGAGGAUUCUGGGUACUACACCUGUACGGCCACUAAUACCCUAGGCUUUGACACCAUCAUAGUGAACCUUGUGGUACAAGUUCCUCCUGACCAGCCUCGUCUGACUGUCUCCACUACUUCCACCUCCUCCAUCACCCUGGCUUGGAUUCCUGGGGAUAAUGGAGGAAGCUCCAUCAGGGGAUUUGUGCUGCAGUAUUCUGUGGACAACACAGAGGAAUGGAGAGAUGUGUUCAUCAGCUCCAGCGAGCGUUCCUUCAGGUUGGACAAUCUCCGCUGUGGAACUUGGUACAAGGUCAAGUUGGCUGCCAAGAACAGUGUGGGCUCAGGACGCAUCAGUGAGAUCAUUGAGGCAAAGACGCAUGGAAGAGAACCGGUGUUCAACAAGGACCAGCCACUGCUAACGCACAUCAACUCCACUCAUGCAGGCCUCAACCUUCAGGGUUGGACCAGCGGGGGCUGCCCUAUCACUGACCUGAUGCUGGACUUUAGGCCCAAAGGUACUUGGGCCUGGCAGAGCCUCAAGGCCAAUUCCACAAAUCAGCUUUUCCUCAGCGAGCUGCGAGAGGCCACCUGGUACGAGCUCAAAAUGAAGGCCUGCAACAGUGCUGGGUGUGGCAACCAGACCUCCCAGUUUGCCACAACUGACUACGAUGGGAGUACAAUCCCUCCCAUUAAAUCAGCUCGUGGAGAGGGGGACGAUGUGAAGAAACUGUUCUCUAUCGGCUCUCCUGUCAUUCUGGUUACCCUUGGAGUUGCUUUGCUCUUCAUUAUACGAAAGAAACGCAAGGAGAAGAGGCUCAAACGACUUAGAGAUGCUAAGAGCCUUGCAGAGAUGCUUAUCAGCAAGAACAACCGAAGCAUAGACACUCCAGUGAAGGGUCCUCCUCAAGGACCAAGGCUCCAUAUUGACAUCCCACGUGUCCAGCUCCUCAUUGAAGACAAGGAAGGCAUCAAACAGAUAGGAGAGGACAAGGCAGCAGUGCCGGUGACAGACACAGAGUUCAGCCAGUCAGUGAAUCCACAGAACUUCUGUACAGGCGUUUCUCUGCAUCACCAAGCCCUUAUCCAGAAUUCAGGCCCUUUGAUUGACAUGUCAGACAUUCGGCCUGGCACAAACCCAGUGUCACGAAAGAGCAUAAAAUCAGCCCACAGCUCUAGAAACAGAUACUCCAGCCAGUGGACGCUUAGCCGCCCAAGUCAAAGUCAGUCAACAGCCUCUGCACGAACUCUGACGUCUGACUGGCGGACGAUGGGCUCUCAUGGCAUCACAGCCACCGAGAGUGACAGCUACAGUGCCAGCCUCUCACAGGACACAGAUAAGGGAAGGAACAGCAUGGUGUCCACAGAGAGCGCGUCCUCCACCUACGAGGAGCUGGCUAGGGCGUAUGAGCACGCCAAGCUGGAGGAGCAUCUACAACACGCAAAGUUUACAAUCACAGAAUGUUUUAUCUCUGAUAGCUCGUCUGAUCAAAUGACGACAGGUACCAAUGACCCAGCAGACAGCAUGACCUCCCUCAGUACACCCUCUGAACCAGGCAUCUGCCGCUUCACUGCCUCACCACCCAAACCGCAGGACUACGACCGCGGUAAAAAUGUGGCUGUGCCCAUUCCCCAUCGUGCUAACAAAAGUGAAUUCUGUAACCUACCCCUUUACAUGAAGACAGACCCAUUUUUCCGCAAGCAAGGGGAGCUGCAUGACCCAUGCCCAGCAGUGCCGCCGCGAGAAGCGUCGAUCCGCAGCUUGACGCAGCGGGCGUAUCACACCCAGGGCCGUCACAAGACUCUAGACCCUGCGAAGCAGCAGGCCCAGACACUGGGCCACUCUGGGCUGGGCAGCUUGGGUGCGAGCUCUGGCACUGCCACCUUGCCUCAAAGGACUCUCACCAUGCCCAGCUCCAAUAAUGCAGCAACAGCUUCCACUUCCAGCACGAGCAGCAACCCCACCAACAGUAACAAGGUGGGGGGCUCCAGAGACUCGCUCCUAGAGAGCAGCUCCUCUGCACUGGGGAGGUUGCAGAAACAGAGUGUGGGGGCCUACUCCAAGUCAUACACGCUGGUGUAGUCCAUUCUUCUGCACAGACUGCUGUCCCACUCCUCAGCCAGCCCCACUCUGGCGCUCUGCGAUCUGGGUCUGAAUGGGCAUGCAACCAUUUUUUCUUCAAACCCAAUUAAUGGUGAACUGCCCAGCAUCCUGUCUGAUUUACCUUGGGAAAGAUGUUCUCCCAGACAGAGACCCAGCUAACCCUACUUUUCAUGUUCAUGUGGGACUCUUAUAAAAGAACUACUAACUCCAACUAACAGUUCCAGCCGGCUGGUGCUCAGCUCCACUCAGCUCCCGCAGGAGCUGCACAGCGAAAAACCAGGAAGCGAUUCUGUGGUCAUUUUGAAAUACUGACUGUAACCGAGGAGCUAAAACCUCUGUGUUUAUGAAUAUGAAGACUACCAUAGCCAGUAUGAAGCUGUGUGGCCAUCCUGUCUCACACACACACACACACACACACACACACACACACACACACACACACACACACACACACACACACUGUCCUCCAUAGUUUGAGUAUUAUUGUCAAUUUGCAAGCCUUCCGAUUAAGUUCCCUCUUCUUACUGUAUCUUUCACCCUCUUUGUGUCUCUUAAAGCCCCAUAAUGCUAUUGGCAGAUUCUAUAAUGUUGAUUCCCAAAAGUAAUGAUUCAGGUUCCCUUCCAAGAAGAUUUUAGUCACAUUAGCAUCCUCCACACAUCACUCUGCAGCUGAACAUUGUCUAACUUAAACAAAUCAUGACAACCCAAAUGAACCAGCUAUAAUUUCUCACAUUACAAAUACAGAAUAUUUGGUAUUAUAAAGAAUUUACAUAUAUAUUUCUAUGUAGGUAUAUUAUUGACAUUUAAGUGAAAUUAUGACAAAGUAUACAUUUUACAUACUACAAUAGUGUAGUAUUAUAUACAGCAAUUUAAUGUUAAUGUCAAAUUUUAAGAACGAGACAAUCGCUCAAUCAUGAAAUUUUAAAAAGAGGAAUUAAAAAAAUGAAGGUUCGACUAAAGAGAGAAAAUGUUUAGUAUAUAUACAGGAUGUUUUGUAUGUUACUGUAUGUAGGGUGACUAGAAGAAGGGUGUUUUGCUUACGUUUGGACAGAGAGGGAUGCUUUCCUAUCCGCACGGUGUCAUGGGAGAAGCGAGACAGUGCAGCAGAACACGACAUCCUUGGAUCGCAAUGCCUCCUUGGUUGUUUGGUGAAAACAAUCAUGACACAAGGCCUUCCAGGAUUUCUGUAAUAAUAUAAGUCUACCCAUGAGGAUAUAGGCUCCUUGACUUUUUAUUAAGCGUGUCAGUAGCCUGAGUGGCUGG